AUGGCAUCAGAGAUUGUCCCACUCAUCAUCAAUGGGGAAAACAUAACUACCUUUGGGUCCUUGCAGCCCUCGGUUCUUGUGCCUAGUGAUGAGACAAGGGGCCCCCAAGAAACGGUUGCCUUGGGUGCAACUCCCGAGCUUUGCCUCAAAGCAGUUGAGUCCUGUGAAACUGCAUUCUCUAAAUGGAGGAAAACUUCACCACUUGAGCGACGCGCAUUGUUUAGCCGCCUGGCUUCGCUCCUCAAAGAUAACCAGAAGACCAUAUCUGAGGUUAUACAGAAAGAACUUGGUUGUUCCGAGAAAUGGGCCCUGAUCAAUCUAGGAGAUGCAAUUGGCAUCGCCGAGCAUAUCGCCUCUUUGGUGACCUCAGGUGUUCUUUCAGGCUCUGUACCAGAGUCCAGCGCGAGCGGAUCGUGCGCGGUAGUGCUCAAAGAACCUUUAGGGGUUGUUCUGGGCAUCGCACCUUGGAACGCGCCUUUGAUUCUGGGCCUCCGCGCCGUUGCUGCCGCCGUUGCUGCAGGCAAUACCGCUAUUUUGAAGGGCUCCGAGCUGAGCGCACGCACGCAUUGUCUGAUUGCUCAUCUUUUCCGGGAAGCUGGAUUUCCACCUGGUGUAGUCAAUUUUCUUGUGCACAAACCCGAGGAUGCAGCAAUAUGCUAUGAAGCCAUCAUUUCGCAUCCAGCUGUUCGGAAGUGCAACUUCACUGGGUCAACCAUUGUAGGAAAGAGCAUCGCGACACGAGCUGCCGCACAUCUGAAGCCAGUACUCCUUGAGCUGGGCGGCAAGAAUCACGCGAUUGUCCUAGAGGAUGCAGACCUCGAACAUGCGGCAGAAGAAGUCCUGGUUGGUGCUUUCUUGAACUCGGGCCAAAUAUGCAUGUCUACAGACCUUGUUUGGGUGCACAACAGUGUCAAGCAAGACUUUCUAUCGAUAUUACGGACCAAGAUCACGGGCAUUUCUUCUUCUGAAGUUACCAAAGUUAUCAAUUCAAAAUCCGACUCCCGAGUCAAGGCACUUGUCGAUGAUGCGCGUUUGAAGGGGGCGAAUGUAGUAGCCGGAUCCGAGGGCGCCACGGUUUUGGAGAACGUAACUACAGAAAUGGACUUUUGGUCUACCGAGUCCUUUGGUCCCCUCGUGGGUGUCCGCGGCUUUGACUAUGAGUCCGAGUGUGUGGCCGGGGUGAAUGGGUCGGAUUAUGGCUUGUCGGCCGCAAUCUUCACCAAGAGCCAUUUCAAGGGCUUCAACCUCGGGCGUACUUUGAGCGUUGGCGCCGUCCAUAUCAACGCCAUGACGGUCCACGACGAACCAACUCUGCCGCAUGGUGGGUACAAGGCAAGCGGAUAUGGUCGAUUUGGCGGAGUUUGGGCGUUUGAGGAAUUUCUGCAAACCAAAACAAUUAUUACCAAUCCAUAG